AUGGGGUCACAUCUUUAAAAAGAGGGUGGGAACUGGAAACCAUAUAAGACGUUAACAUUUCAAAAAUUCAAAAAAACCCAUAUAAAGACACAAACCCUCCGUCUGAGAGGCAUUGGCAUCCCUGUCUCUUUCUCUUUUUGCGGUGGCUGACUUCUGACACAUCUCUUCCCCUUUCGAUCAUGCUGCAGGUUUCCUAAUUCAGGUUUUAUAAUCCCUAAUCCUGAAUUACAUUUUACAACAGAGAAAGCCCUAACAAAUCCUCUCUUUCUCCACACACACUCUCUCUCCCUGGCACGUGCGACGAUUCUUUCCGUUGCAGCGAUGAAUCAAGCUAAUGGGAAGGAUGGCCUAAAGGCACCUCUACUGCAGCCUCCAGAUAAUGUAGCAAUUAGUGUUCCUAAACACAAGGAUGGCAGAGAUAAUAAUAAGGUUAAAACGAUUAAGCUCAAAAUUGGGGAAAUCAAGUGCACCUCUUGUGCAACAUCCGUAGAAUCCGUGCUUCAGGAGCUUAAUGGAGUUGACAGGGUUGUGGUAUCGCCCCUUGAUGGCCAUGCUGCUAUCUCUUACGUACCAGACCUCGUUACUGCUCAAAAUAUCAAGGAAAGCAUAGAAGCUGCAGGAUUUCCGGUUGAUGAAUUUCCAGAACAAGAAAUUUCAGUAUGCCGGCUGAGGAUUAAAGGAAUGGCAUGUACCAGCUGCUCUGAGUCUGUUGAACGUGCACUCCUUAUGGCUAAUGGAGUUAAAAAAGCAGUGGUUGGUCUAGCUCUAGAAGAAGCGAAGGUCCAUUUUGAUCCAAACCUCACUGAUACGGAUCAUAUCAUAGAAGCAGUAGAAGAUGCUGGCUUUGGGGCUGAGCUCAUUAGUUCUGGGCAUGAUGUGAACAAAGUACAUCUAAAGCUUGAAGGUAUUAAUAGCGUAGAAGAUGCUACUAUUGUGCAAUCCUCCCUUGAGUCAGCACGGGGUGUGAAUCAUGUCGAAAUGGACCUUGCAGAGCAUAAGAUAACAGUUAGCUAUGACCCAGAACUUAUAGGUCCAAGAUCCAUAAUAAAAUGCAUUGAAGAAGCUUCUGCAGGUCCCAAUGUUUACUGUGCAAACUUAUAUGUGCCUCCAAGGCGAAGAGAAACAGAACAGUUGCAAGAAACUCGGACAUAUAGAAACCAAUUUUUCUUGAGCUGCCUUUUCUCGAUUCCAGUGUUUCUGUUUUCCAUGGUACUUCCUAUGCUUCAUUCUUAUGGUAAUUGGCUAGAGUAUAGGAUUCAAAACAUGCUCACUUUUGGGAUGCUUCUUAGGUGGAUCCUCUGCACACCUGUGCAGUUCAUAGUUGGCAGAAGGUUUUAUAUGGGAGCAUAUCAUGCAUUGCGACGGAAAUCUGCCAAUAUGGAUGUUUUGGUUGCACUGGGCACCAAUGCUGCUUAUUUCUAUUCUGUAUAUAUAGUAAUUAAAGCAAUUACUUCAGAUAAAUUUGAGGGACAAGAUUUCUUUGAGACAAGCGCCAUGCUGAUAUCCUUUAUCCUUUUGGGGAAGUAUUUGGAGGUUCUUGCAAAAGGGAAGACAUCGGAUGCUUUAGCAAAGUUGACAGAACUUUCUCCUGAUACAGCUCAUCUGCUGACACUGGAUACUGAUGGAAAUGUUGUCUCAGAGAUGGACAUCAGCACUGAACUUAUAGAAAGGAAUGAUAUAAUAAAGAUUGUUCCAGGGGAAAAAGUUCCUGUUGAUGGAAUUGUCGCAGAUGGUCAAAGCCAUGUGAAUGAAAGUAUGAUCACUGGUGAGGCAAGACCCGUUGCUAAAAAACCUGGUGACAAGGUAAUUGGUGGGACCAUGAAUGAGAAUGGAUGCUUACUAGUUAAGGCUACUCAUGUUGGGUCUGAGACUGCACUGUCCCAAAUUGUUCAACUUGUUGAAGCUGCUCAGCUUGCCAGGGCCCCAGUUCAGAAACUAGCCGACCAAAUCUCCAAGUUUUUCGUUCCUGCAGUCGUUAUAGCAGCCUUUAUAACAUGGCUGGGGUGGUUUAUUCCUGGAGAAGCUGGUCUUUAUCCUAGACAUUGGAUACCAAAAGCCAUGGACAGUUUUGAGCUUGCACUGCAGUUUGGUAUUUCAGUACUGGUGGUUGCAUGUCCCUGUGCCCUAGGGCUAGCAACACCAACAGCAGUCAUGGUUGCCACCGGCAAGGGUGCUUCUCAAGGUGUACUUAUCAAAGGUGGAAAUGCCCUGGAAAAAGCACACAAGGUGAAAACCGUUGUCUUUGACAAGACAGGGACAUUAACAAUUGGAAAACCAGUAGUAGUUAGUGCUGUGCUCUUUUCCAGCUUCUCAAUGGAGGAAUUCUGUGACAUGGUUACUGCUGCCGAGGCUAAUAGUGAACAUCCAAUAGCAAAAGCUGUGGUGGAGCAUGUUAAAAGACUACGUCAGAAGAUUGGGUUUAACACAGAACAUAUUGCAGAGGCUAAGGACUUUGAGGUGCACACUGGGACUGGGGUGAGUGGGAAAGUGGGUGACAGAACAGUUUUGGUUGGGAAUAAGAGGCUCAUGCAGGCUUGGAAUGUCAUAGUAGGUCACGAAGUUGAGAACUAUAUUUCAGAAAAUGAGCAAUUGGCUAGAACAUGUGUGCUAGCUGCUAUUGAUGGAAAAAUUGCAGGAGCUUUUGCGGUGACUGAUCCAGUAAAGCCAGAGGCCAAGCGUGUCAUCUCCUUUCUUCAUUCCAUGGGCAUCUCAGCCAUCAUGGUGACUGGUGAUAACUGGGCUACAGCAGCUGCUAUCGCCAAAGAGGUUGGAAUUGAGAAGGUGUUUGCUGAGACCGAUCCACUGGGAAAGGCUGAUAGGAUCAAAGACUUGCAGGGAAAAGGUAUGACUGUAGCAAUGGUGGGAGAUGGAAUAAAUGACUCGCCAGCCUUGGUUGCAGCUGAUGUUGGCUUGGCAAUUGGUGCUGGCACUGAUGUAGCUAUAGAAGCUGCUGAUAUAGUUCUCAUCAAAAGCAACUUAGAAGAUGUAGUUACAGCCAUAGAUCUAUCUAGAAAGACCAUUCAGCGGAUUCGACUAAAUUACGUAUGGGCCCUUGGUUAUAACAUACUUGGCAUGCCUAUUGCUGCUGGAAUCCUGUACCCGUUCACUGGAAUCCGGCUCCCACCUUGGCUGGCUGGUGGUUGCAUGGCUGCUUCAUCACUUAGUGUGGUUUGUUCUUCACUAUUAUUGCAGUCGUAUAAGAAACCUUUGCAUGUUAGAGAUUGUUGAGGGCAGAUUGAUUGUAGACCAUCAUCAUUCUUGUAGCAAAAUUAAGUUUUUAAGCUCUCAGUGCUGUAAUUGGGAACAUGUGCAUCUGUAUAUGCACUAGUCCAUGUAAUAAUGUAGACUAUGACUUCAUCGAGUAAACAAACUCGACGAGUCAUGCAGUGGUUAUAUGAGGAGGAUUAUGCAUCUCGCUUGCUUGGAUUA